UUCGAAUGGUGCCUUCCCGUGGUUGCCGGAAGCCCGGCACAGGCUCCACUCGCCAAGGGCGCUGACGUACACCGAUUGAUUGAUGUCUGUUCUAGGUGUUGCCCAUCGCAAAUUCCAAGCUGCGAACUAUCAGACAGUAAUCAAGAAAGAGGAGACGAGGUUGAUAGUAGCACGCCUUCGAAACGGGCUGUCGAUCAGAGAGCUCAGAGUGAGGUUUACAGCUCUUCUCGUGGGGUAACAACGGCCCACUAGCGCGAAGAGUUCAGCCUCAUCGCCAGUCAUCGAGCACCACCAGGCGAGACUGCGCAAACUUCAAGAUCAAUCAAUGAGAUCUUGGAUACCCCAAUUUUCUCAGAUUACCCUCGUCAGCCAUGGAUGCCCACAAAGCCACGGUGGGCAAAGUACGCUCUCGCAUUCAACACUACUACGCCACCAAAACCCCAUUUCGCAUUUACCAUGGCAGCACUAACAGCACUCGUCAUGCCAACUUCGACCGAGACGCCAUCGUGGACGUUAGCUCCCUCAAUCACGUUCUCUCUAUCGAUGCAGAAAAGAGGACUGCACUAGUGGAGCCAAAUGUCCCCAUGGAUGCUUUGGUUCGCGAGACUAUGAAAGCCGGCCUUCUUCCACCCGUGGUCAUGGAGUUUCCAGGAAUCACUGUAGGAGGAGGCUUUGUGGGCACCGCUGGCGAGAGCAGUAGUUUCAAGCAUGGCUUCUUUGAUCGAACAGUGCUCAGCGCUGAAGUAGUUCUUGCUGAUGGGACGCUUGUUACUGCAUCUCAGAGCGAUAAUGAAGAGCUCUUCGAGGGCCUGAGAGGAAGCUUCGGGACACUUGGCGUACUCACCAUGGUCGAAAUGCGGCUGAUUCCCUUGAAGCAGUUGGUUGAGGUUACGUAUCAUCCUACCUUCUCCAUUGAAAACGCAAUGGGCAAAUUGCAAUACCACACGACGAGCCAGCAAAACGACUACGUUGACGGCAUCCUCUUCUCCAAGGGUCUUGGAGUCGUCGUGACAGGUCAACUUGUUGAUGCCUCCCCCCUACCUGGCCUCCCGGUUCAGCGCUUCUCCAGGCCUUGGAAUGAGUGGUUCUGGAUCCACGCAAAGUCACUCGCCCGCAAAGGCAUCAUCACGAAGGAGCUCGUGCCGAUAGAAGACUAUCUUUUUCGGUUUGACCGCGGUUCGUUCUGGAUGGGCAUGUAUGCUUACAAGCACUUCAUGGUCCCGUUUGUUUGGUUGACACGCGUCUUACUCGACUACUUCAUGCAUGCGAGGAUCAUGUAUCACGCGCUCCACGCAUCAGGGUACACGGAUCGGUACAUCAUUCAUGACAUUGCCUUUCCGGCAGGCAAUGCCGGCCCGUUCGUCGAGUACGUUGACCAAACGUUCGGAACGUAUCCGUUGUGGCUGUGUCCACUGAGAAGAGAUGGGAGAUCCUCAAUGGGUCAUCCGAAACCUUUUGAAGAUGCUGUAGGCGGAAGACAAGACGCAGGUGUGUACGACGGUGAGUAUAUUAGCGUUGGCAUUUGGGGGCCGUACCCAUCAUCUGAAACCGAACAUGUUCGUGCAAAUCGAGAGAUUGAAGCUAAGAUGCGCGAGUUGGGCGGAUUGAAGUGGUUGUAUUCGCGUGUUUUCUAUACGGAGGAUGAGUGGUGGCAGGUCUACGACAAGCAGAAGUACGAGGAGUUGCGCAAAAAGUUCAAGGCGAGCUCACUCCCAACGAUUUGGGACAAAGUCAAGGACAGGGGGAGAAAGGAGGACUUUGGCACAGGCUUGAAGGGGUUAUUGAAGAGGAUCGUCAAGGGCAACUCCUUACUAAGUGGGUUUUACGGCAUCUACAAAGCGGUCCGGGGCGGAGAUUACAUGUUGAAGAAGACGAAGAGUCAAUGAUGUCGUGGCUACAACUAUGACUUUGCUGCGAAGUGCGACGAGAUCAUCCUAGAACAUAAGAUUGCGUCUCAUGGUAGGAGCUUCAUGCCUGAAUAGAAAAACGAGCGCUGGGGGUUGCGUCCUUCGGUGAUUUGUCAUGGCCGUGUUCCGAUUGGCGACGGCCCUUCAUCGCUU